GAGAAGCUUCAGCUCGCGCGGCUCGGCGAUGGCGGAGGAGCCCGCGCUGCUUCAGGCUCAGCCGCGCAGAAAGGCCAGAAGCUGGAGAUCAUCGGACCCGUCCAACCCUGAGCUCUACGAGGCCCCGGUGGCCGACUUCGACACGUAUUUGUUCGCGCUGAACGGCUGGAACUACGAGUCCAAGGACACGAAGACGGGAGUGGAUACAGACGCCUUGAAAGGUUUCGCUCCGAUCUUGUCGGAACUCAUGACGCUGGACCCUAGAGGAGGAUACUUCCGCCAGAGGGACAUGAGAGGGGCUCUCGCUAAGUGCGCCAUGCGAGACAGUUGCAGGCAGGCAUUCGCUGCGCACUGUGUCUCGCAAGGGUAUGCCAGUAUCGAACAAGGGCUCGUUCACUUGAGUUUGAUGUUUCGCGUGGCGUGCGCCCACACCAGAGACCAGCAGCCGCAGUACAAGAAGCUCACCGACAUCGACUCGCCUGCUGCUGUUCGUGCACACCCUGAAGAAUUGCGAAAGGUGUACGAGCUCAUCACGCAGAGCCCAGGCCUAUCGUCGGCCAUAGGUGCAUCAGAUCGGAGCUCGGACGACGAAGCCUACAUCGUCAGCAAGAGCCUGGACGCCUCGGAGUUCAAGGCCGUCAUAUCGAUGAGCUCAGGCCUGGAGGUCUACGCGGAUAGGUACCGUCGUGGAGACAAUGGGCUAGCAGUUGCGGUAUGGGAUGCCUACAAUGAGGAGUGGGGGAUGGAAGUGUCUGCGAAUCUGAUCACCGACGAUGGGGCACAUUUGCGGAGGCCCACGCCAAUAGUUCAGCCCAAGCCCAAGAAGCCGAGUACCAUGAAGAAGCCAGCGGCGGCCAAAAGGCCUGCGGCUGCCAUGCCGCUGGCAGAGGAUGAUGAGGCGCUUGCCGAGACCCCGAAGAAAGUCAAGAAAGAGGACGAUGCGCCUAGCGAUGAUGCGUGCGAGGGCCUUGCUGUCGAGGGUCCCAAGCACAGCAAGGCCGUCCUCGACAUCUUGCAGCGCCUCCCUGAGAACGCCGAACCUACAGGUGGCCUCGAGGUAGGCCGUAAGUCGUACACGAUCCAGGGCAGCCGCAUCAGCGUGCUUUUCACAGGCAAGGGCUCAUUCUACAUCAAGGGCGUGGCGGAGGACAACCUGAAGAUCGCGAAGACAAUGGGCGCCUUCAGUGCCAUAGAGACGGCAAAACUCGCGAUCGGCGAGGACGUCCAGCGGUCCGUCGACCUCGCGACAUUCUUGGCCUGCCAUCAUAAGUGA